CCGAGUGCUCGCGUCGCGCUGUGCCUCGAGGAUGAAGUGAAUCGUGCUCAGUGAGUGAUAAAGUGAUGAGUGCGCUCGUGUGAAACACCGGGAGUGGAUCCCGCGGCCGCGAUGCCGGUGGGGGGGCAGCGGUGCGUCUGCAUCGUCGUGCUCCUGAUCCACACCGUCAUCGGAGCUGGAGAAGCACCAAUAUCGUCGCCCCCAACACUGAAGCCCGAGCACAACGAGCUGACGGUCACGUUCCCGCCACUCGAUGAGAUCUACCACACGCCGGAGAAGCACUUCGCUACUGAAAACAACACGGUUGUGACGUCACAGAUCGGCUCGACGGCUCUGCUACCGUGUGUCAUUAGGAAUAUUGGUGAUGGAAUUAUAUCAUGGAUAAGAAGAAAAGACUACCACCUCCUCACAGUUGGGCUGACUACGUACAGCUCCGACCAGAGGUUUCAAGCUAUACAUCUACAACAUUCAGAGGACUGGACACUGAAAGUGAAAUUCGUCCAAAGUCGUGAUGCAGGCAUUUACGAGUGCCAAGUUUCGUCUCAUCCGCCCACCAGUAUAUUUCUACGGCUAGAUGUUGUUGAGGCACGCGCGCAGAUUUCGGGCCCCACUGAGAAGUACCUCAAGCCGGGUUCGACCCUGCGACUCCAGUGCGCAAUUGUCCAGACGACGGAGGCACCAGCUUUUGUAUUCUGGUAUCAUAACAGCCGUAUGAUAAACUACGACGCCGAACGCGGCAUCAACGUGACGACUGACGCCGCACAGCGCGUCUCAGACCUGCUCAUACCAGCGGCGUCUGCGCAGCAUGCGGGCAAUUACACCUGCGUGCCAAACAACGCCGUUCCUGCUAGUAUAUACGUCCACAUAUUUAAUGGUGAAAACCCAGCGGCCAUGCAGUCGUCAUCACCGAGCUACUACAUCCUGGGUCACUCCCUAGUACCAGUCCUAACGUUAUUAAACCUCUCCCUCCGGUGACAAUCGUAAGCUCAACUGCCUUAGCAGAACGGAACUAAACUAAAUAUCUUUUCUUAAGACGAUACGGUAAUAGGGGUCAAUUCUCCAUACAAACGCUCUCGACUAUUUCCUCCCUGG